AUGACCGAUCAGCCGCAGCGGCUGAGCAUCGACAAACUCCGGCGAACGACCCAUCUAAUCAGACAGGCCACCGCCUCCUUCUCUUCGAAUCUCCUCACAUUUCUCUUCCUCUCUCUCCUACUCUUUUCCUUCCGAGCCCUCGUCGAGAAUGGCACCCACCUUCUCACCUCCUUCAUCGACCGUGACCCGUCCCUCAAAACCCUCCUAUCCCGCCUUGACCUUGGCGGCCACCACCAGAACCCCAAUACCAUCCACGACCACAAUCCUCGCUUCCACCGCCGCCACUUCCUCCACCUCACCCGUGUUGGGACCCUAGAUGACGACUUCUUCUCCGGGGACGACGACUCCGAUCGCUCGCUCUUCGGUCCGAAUCGCAAGAUUCCCCCAAAUGCAAGCUCCGUAAUUCUCAACAACUUCCACUCAGGGUUCGGGUUCUCCCACUUCAUCGUCGAUAACGGAGUUAGGGUCCCGGAAAUUGUUCGCACCGGGGUUCAAUUCAAUGCCGACAGUCUGCCCUUUGAAGAUAGUAAAGCGGAAGAGAUUGAUUACGACAGCAAUGGGAGCCAUCAAUUCUUCGUUAAGGGGCUGGAGCUCGGCCGCCGAGAUGCGGCGGCGCUCUUCUACCUAGUAAGUUUCUUGUCUGCGGCUUAUGGAUGGGUGAUCCUCGGGUUCACGGCAAUGUAUUCCUGGAUGUUAGGGAUUGUGUUCGUUGCCGUGGUGAAUGAUCUGUUGGAGAGGUUCAGUUCAUUUGUCGGUAUCGUGUGGGAUGGGUCGAGAUUAGGGCUCAAGAGACUUACAGGCUUCAUUCUUAUGAGAUGGGCAGUGAGGGAUGCGUUGACUCAACUUGUGGGAUUGUGCUACUUUGGAGAAAUUGAGGAUCAGUACUCGUUUUUCAAGCUGUUUGUGAGGCUAAAGCUGAUGCCUUUCUCUGUUAUGUCUCCGUGGAUUGGUGGAUACGAGAAGGAGAUAUCAGGCUUCUUGUUUACUUGGUUUCUGUUGGAUACCUUGGUGGGGUUAGUAUUUGCUGUGGAUGCUUGGGUUACAAUUGUUGAUUCCAGGAGGACUGGUAGGGAGAUAGUAAAGGAAGGUUGUUACUUGAUAUCAACAAUGUUUCACCAAGCUGUUCAGUUGAAGUGUAUGGAAGCUAUACUCUGUGGAUCUGCAACUAGAUGGGUCUUAUCCCGGGUAUUGGGGAAGUACUUGGCUGCAAUACUUCAAUCGGUUGUGGAGGUUUACUUCAUGGUGGCCUGGCUGAUAUUUUACUUUGCAGCAAGGUGCAAGGAAGCUCACUCUGAAGGAAGAAGGUUUGGGAGGAGAGAAUUGGAAGGGCUAAUUGAUGGCCUGAGAUGA